GAUUGUAUGAUUUGCAACGUUGCCAUAUUUUCAUAGUGUGAACGAUAGUAUAACAGUUUAUAAUGGUUAUAUUAGAUUAGUGUUAGAGAAUAGUGUUAAUUAAUUGGUAAGAACGAUGGCUUCCUUAGUUGCGGAUUAUGGAACUUCCUCAGGAUCAGAAAGUAGUGAUGAUGAUCUUUCGGAAAAUGGCGAUAACACUUUUAAGGAGGAAGAAGAAGAAGAAGAUGAUGAAGAUGAGGAUGAAGAAAAUUAUGAAAAUAACAAAGGAUCAUCGAACAAAACAGCUUCCAAAGAAAAACUUCCAUUGCCAACACCUGAUUUUAAUGGCACACCCACCAUGAAAACUUCAGUCUUCUCAAAUCCAUUCGUGGAAGCAGAAAAAGCAAAGAGUGCAAUCCUUGAAAAACAUGUAAAAAUGACACCAACUUUGGAUGACACGAAAAUGAUAAAUGGUAGAAAAAUUUGCUGGAACUAUAGAAAGGGUAGAUGCCGGUUUGGUCAUAAUUGUACUUUCGCACAUGAUUCUGAUUUACAUCGAACAGCAGCUGAAUUGGAAGCAAUUCGAGCACCACAAGAAACAAUUAUUUGUCAAACUCAGUAUAAUGGGCAAAUUCCGAUGAAUGAUGAUGAUGAGAUAGAUCAAGAAAAUAAUCAAAUGAAUAAGCGCAAGAAAAGGCCAGGUUUAAGUCAGUCCUUAAUACCUAGUAAGAAAGUCUUAAAAAUGUACAAAGCACAACAAGCUAAAGCUGUUACUAGAUAAAUUUUAUUAAGUAUUCAAAUUAUACUAGUAUACAAUCAACUGCAUUGAAAGAGAAUAUUUUAUGGUUUUCAUGCUUUCCGAUUCACAAGGGGAGUCAAUGACAAAAUGCAUUGCUAAUAAAGAACAACGGAACAAUGAAAACUAUACAAACAAAGAAUCACAGUAUAAAAUUUUUAUCUCUUUACGUAUUAAAAGAAAUAAAAAGAAGUAGACACUUCCAAUAGAAGUUACAUAAGGAAUAUGUCACAAGUUAUUGCUACUUCAAAAUCAAUUAAAAGCAAACAAAUUAUUUAAAUACUUGAUAUUAAUAGGAAAUUGUUUGUUAUGUAUAUAAAAGUACAUUUUACUUGUAUAGUUAAUACUUCCAGGGACCUGCAUAAAUAUAUUUCUAUUUAUAUUUGACAUCCCUAACUUGCCCAUAAAUAAUGAAAUAUGUCUUCUAUUUGCUUUUUUAUUAUGUACUUCAAUAUGCCUCUUCUUCCUUAGAAAGAGGCAGCCACAGGAAAGUUCUUUAUAUCAGAACUCAAAAAUGUUUACAGGUAGAAGUAUUAUUCUGACGAAAUAUUCUACAAAAUUCCACUAGAUUUUUAAGAAGUUUUAGACCAUGUUUAAUGUACAGAGCAAAUCGUCGCUUUAUGUGCUAUAUGUAAGAGAAGGAAUAUAUGAAUUAUGUACAAUAUUGUUAACAUUUUCUUCUGAUAAAGGUGGUUAAUACAGUAUCUACAUUAGGUACUAACAGUAAUUUAGAUUAAUCAAGGUAUACCAAAAACAACAAUUACGCUUCCAGUAUUUGUUAUAUCUUUCUACAUAAUGUUACAAAAUAUAAAACAGGGCUUCUAUAAUUCCAUGCUAACAUGCAUAUAUGAUUGUUAAUCCUGCAUUUUUGGUGUUGAAAAUCAUAUUUUUUUCUUUAUGUGCUCUCCGAUCACCAAAAUGUUUUUAAUAAGAGAAGCCUCAUUUAUUACAAUAAAACAUGAUUUAUUCAGUUUAGACGCAUUCGACUUCAUACUUAUGCAAGAACAUAAGUUUGAUACUAUUCUAAAGAAUGUUUAUGCAUUCAAGAAAAUUUAUAUGUAGCUGUAAGUUUUCUUUCUCAUUUUGUACAAUUGUAAAAUUAUAAAGAAAAGUUUCUGAAAAAUGGCAAUAAAUGUGCAGUGACCAACAAACUAUUAAACUGUAUUCUUCUCCCUAGUCAAACCAUAUAAAAAUGCGUUAAAUCUUAAUCGAAG